AGGCUCCGAAAACACAGUUGCAGCAUGGAUGGGUCAACACAGCUCUCUUCUCCUGACAAGUGUGACGCACGCUGAGUAGCUCACUGUUAAAAGCUUAUGGUGGUUCCGUGGAUCAGAAGGUGGAGGUGUAAAUCGCGUUCAAACGUGAUGGCGUCACAGCGCCUCAGGACACAGCGGCGCGCUGUUUCCAUGGCGUCCGCGGCGUCACUGGACUUGGGGCGGCUGGUGCAGGAGGCCGAGGCGCUGGCGAGGCGGGGCGNGCUCGGGCCGCGCGGGGGGCAGGUGCUCGUGACCCGCCCUACGGGAGAGACGCUGCUCACGCGGGACGGGAGGCGCGUGCUGGAGGCGCUGAACCUAGGCCCGCCUACCGCCAGAAUGAUAGUAGCUUGUGUCUCCAGUCACCACAACAUGACUGGAGAUGGUGCUAAAACAUUUAUCAUCCUGUUAUCCAAAUUACUCAGAGGACUUCAAGCAAUUCUUGAUAAAAGGGAAGGAUCUCCAUUUUGUGAGGCUAUUCAAAGGAGCAAGAGAGAUCAAAAACAUUGUCACAGUCUGAAGCAAAUAUCUCAGUCUCUUAUGACAUUUCAGACUCACAUAUUAGACCACAUCAUGGCACAGGACCUAAGAAAACAUUUUCUAUCUGCUUUUUCUAGUUGGGAAGGAGAGAUAAGUAGGGACACAAUGGAGUCAAUAUUAGAAGCUUAUUUUUGUGGAAGAAUAGGAAAUAGUCAUCAGAAGCUUCUUUCCCAAUUGAGUUGUGAUUUCUAUUACAGAUGUAUACCUUUCAAAAAUGGUAAAAAUGAAAUGCUGGAUUUGGUGAAUGAAUAUUUUGUAGAAUUGCAUUCUGCUGUAACAGGUCUUCCUGUUUCAAAUUCCAGGAUCUUAGAGGGACUUGUUCUUCACAGGGAUUUUGCUGUGUAUUGUCCAGCAGAUGGUGACAUAAGAAUGUUAAUUCUAACGGAAUCGAUCGACUCUGCUCUUGCUCCCCCUGGUUUAGAAUUUGUUGUAAAUGCAGAAGUUCAGUAUCAGGCAUCUCAAGUCUGGAUUACAAAAAGAACAGAAGCUAUGAUGAAACACUUGCAAAACAACAAUAUAAAAGUAUUAUUGUCAAGUGUGAAACAACAGGAAAUAGUUAUUUACUAUGCAAAAAUAAGUGGUAUAUCUAUUGUAGAGUGUUUAUCAUCAGAAGAAAUCUCUCUUCUCUGCAGGACCACAGGUAUCUCACCUUUUAUACCUACUCAGGACAAUAUACGUAGUGAGAUCUCUGAAACCAUGAUAGCAAAAUUUUGUCGGCCUCUUGUACUUGGCUCCAAGAGAUAUGUUCAUCUUGGUUUGACAAGGACAUGUGCCUUUGAGCCUCAUUGUGUAAUAUUUUGUGGACCUGUGCAUGGUAUCACUGAGCAGCAUGCCUCUGCUUUUCACGGAGCAUUUAAAAUGUUACAACAACUAUUUAAAGCAGUUGAUCUGAGUGACGGAUGUGAAGCACAACCUGAAAACACAAAUAAUACUUCAAAAACUGUACAUUGUAGUUGGCAACAGUCAGCUACUCAACAAAAAUUCAAAAUGGAGACUAUUUCUUGUAAUAGGGAAAAGGUCAAUGACCAACAACUGAAAACAUCUAUGGCUGAAACAGAAAAACAGUUUAUAGACUCUUCUUCAUGGGUAGAUGAAAAUCCAUCAUGUAAUCAAACAGAAUUGCAAAAAUCUUCAGACCUAGCCAAGCCCCUUGUAAAAUUAGAGAGUGAUUUUAUGUUUUCAGCUCUAAUUGACAGAGGUAGUUCUGUAAGAGAGUUACAGAAACCACCACUGAAAUGCAAGCAUCCAAGUGAAAUGUGGGUAAUGAAUAAUAGUGAGCCAGCUGUCAACAACCACAGGAUUUGUAAUGAUGCUAUGACAGCAAUAGAAAACACCAGUACAUCAGUUGUGUCCAAACAGCUGGAUGCUGCUCAAGAGUAUUGGAAACCAGGCAAUCCUAUAGUUCCAUUUAAGUUUGAGAAGAGUUAUAAACACACAGUCCAAAGUUACACCAACUUGGUCAUACAGGCAGGAUCAGUUUUGCCAGUUGGAGGUAACUUUGAGAUCCUGUUACAUUAUUAUCUCCAUUCCUAUGCAAAACAAUGCCAACAACCAAAAAUAACUGUUAUUUCUACUGUAAUUGCUGAUGCAUUGCUAAGCAUUCCAAAAAUCCUUUACAGAACAACAAAAGAGAACAGUUUUACUCAGGUCUGUUUCAAAGCCACUAGUGCACUUCAAACUAAUCAGCAGCUGCCCAUGCAUCAACAAGGUCUAGAAUCGGUGUAUUGUAAAUAUCAGUUAGUAGCUUCUGUUCUUCAUUGUCUUACAAAGCUUCUCACUAUUGAUUUAAUAAUUGGUAUUAAGAGACCACCUCAAAAGACUGAGGUUAAUGAUUCAGAAGAAGAUUUAUGAAAACAACAUUUUUGUUUCUCCUAUGUUGUUACUGGAAGAUUUUGAUUCAAUUUUAUAUUAAGCCAAUGAUAUUACUUUAGAAACACUCAGGGCCGGCUUGAGGCACCAGCUUAGCAAGCAGGUGCUUGGGGCAGCCACUCCGGAGUGGGGUGGCAGGUUCGGGUAUUCA